UCUUUACGUCAGUGUGGAGGCCAUAGGAACGGCACACCGGGAAAAUAUGCGGAUCCCACCUAUUGUAGGAAUCGAUGCUGGAAACGCCUGUGAAAUGGCAGCUUGCACGUGGAUAUUUGUGCUGGUGCUUUGCAUUUGGAUGCCCUUAAUAACGUCUGAAGAGGAAUUGACGACAACGUCGGGUCGUGAACUGUUGAUAAUGCGCAAGUCCUUGCGUAGCGCAGGCGAACGAUGCAAGACAUUUGGACAAGAGUGCAACAAAAAUGCAGAAUGCUGUACGCAUAGGAUAUGCUACAGAUACAAGUGCUCCAUUGAAUAUCCGCGGGUUAGCCGUAGCGCUAACCGGCAUGCCAACAUCGGUGUAUGACGCAUAACUGCGCAAGGAACGACGACGCAAUAAAAGGCGAACUUACAG